GGCUGGGGUGGGGGGGUGGACGGGAAGCUAGGAUUAGAGGCAAGCGGGCAGGCUAGAACCUCGAGCGUGGUCGGUUGGAGCAGAUAUGUCUGCCCGGAGGCACAUUGGGAAUCCUGAGUAUCUGACCAAAAGGAUACCACAGAACCCAAGAUAUCAACAUGUCAAGUCAAGACUGGACACUGGUAACAGUAUGACAAAAUAUAUUGAGAAGCUAGAAGAGAUCAAAAAGAAUUAUAGAUACAAAAAAGAUGAGCUUUUCAAGAGACUAAAAGUUACAACUUUUGCCCAGCUGGUCAUUCAAGUUGCUUCCCUGUCUGAUCAAACCCUGGAAGUGACAGCUGAGGAGAUUCAAAGGCUGGAAGACAAUGAUUCUACAAAUUCAGUGCCUGAUGCUGAAAUCGCUGCCAGAACCAAUGGGAAAGGGAGUCCUGGGGAGCAGUCACCCAGCCCUGUUCAGUUUAUCAACAUCUCUGGAGCAGGGGACUCCAGUCGCUCCACUCUGCAGAGCGUCAUCAGUGGUGUUGGGGAACUGGAUGUAGACAAAGGGCUAGUGAAGAAAGAAGAACCCAACACCAAAGACAAGCCUUAUACGGACUGCCCCUUCCUGCUGCUAGAUGUGCGUGAUCGAGACUCUUACCAGCAGGGCCACAUUGUUGGAGCUUACAGUUACCCAAUUGCAACUCUAUCCAGGACAAUGAACCCCUAUUCAAACGAUAUUCUUGAGUACAAAAAUGCUCACGGCAAGAUCAUCAUUCUGUAUGAUGAUGAUGAGAGACUGGCCAGCCAGGCAGCCACCACCAUGUGUGAGCGUGGGUUUGAAAACCUCUUCAUGCUUUCUGGAGGUCUGAAAGUCUUAGCGCAGAAAUUCCCAGAAGGACUGGUCACUGGUUCCCUGCCAGCCUGUUGCCAGCAGGCCCUGCCUCCUGGUUCUGCCCGGAAACGAUCCAGCCCCAAAGUUCCACCCCUGCCAGCUGAGAACAAGUGGAGAUUUACCCCAGAAGACUUAAAAAAGAUAGAAUAUUAUCUGGAAGAGGAUCAGGGUCCUACAGACAACCCAAGCCGACUGAGCCAAAGUAACUCAGCAGGAAGAGACUCGAAGAUGCCUGCUGCCCGCAGUGGUCAGAACCUGCCUUCUGGGGGCCCUGCUGGCCACUCAAACCCCCGCGCACUCAAUAGUGGCCACCUGCAAGGCAAACCCUGGAAGUAAAGACGUCGUCUCACUUAGUCAAAUAAAUGUUUCCCCUCUUUUCAGAAUCCCUGAGCACUCCCAAGUUGGUCAUUUCCAGAAACUGCUGUAGAGAAAAGGCCACAACAUGUGAGCUAGGCUAGGUCUACCUCCUUCUGCCUGCCUGCAGCUCCUCUCCCUUCAGCUCUGGAAGGAUUUUGACAGAUGACCACAAAAACCAGAGGCCCAACAGGCUCUAGUGUCCUCCCUGUUGUUUACAGAAUAUCCAAGUCUUUUGAAAUUGAAUAGGAAAAAAAAAGAAAGAUUCUUUUUUUUUAACUAAGGUUCAGCUUGUUUGGUCUAUAACCAGUGUUGUUUUGUAAAUACUUCAGUCACAUCUGCUGGUAUGUUCUUCCUAACCAGUUUUUUUCAUUUACUGUUGAUUUCAUGAAAGAUUCUCCAGGUGGGUCUGGCAUAGGCCACUGUCCCGCAGGGGUGCAGAUGAGUUUUGCUUCCUGCAGCCCAGAGGCCCCACACCAGACCAGGUGGCUGGCUGAGUCACGCUUGGCCCAGCAUGCUGCAGGCUCUGUUGGGAGUUUGAGACUGGGGUCUAUGAACAUGGCUCUAUUUUACAGUUUAUCAGAGAAGCUGUAUGCUUACUGAAUGAUCCCCUCCUUGUUAAAUGGUUUCCUGGGACCAGAAACGUGUACGCUCAGUUGACCUCACAACAGAAGGAGGGCCCAGCACAAGAAGGCCCUGGUAUCCUACUGGCCUGUGCUGAGAGCCCUGGAAGCCCACCACAGCUGCCCCUCGUUUGUGAGCCAUAGAGCAGUGAAAAUUUCCAUUGCUGACUUGAGUCAGUGUUAGAUGGAUAGAAAUCAUGCUCACUUGAAAGCGUCAGCUUGGCUCGGGCAAGGGGGACACAGGUGAGGAGGACUCAAGUCCUUUGUCAGUGCUGACAACCCCUUAGACCUUGCUUAAAAAUACAGUAUUAGUCUAAUUGAGUAAUUAGUGCAAUUUCCUGCUUACUUUUCAUUCUCAUGACUGAGCUGUGAUUAGGAGGUUGUGAUUGUAGAUUCUGGUUUUGGCCGGAAUUUUGAAUCAGCAUUAAUUGAAUUGCUAGAUGACUGACAUUCAUUCUAUUUAAUUGGGGGAACAAAAGACCUCAGGUAAAGAUGAGGCACUAUGAAAACAUAGGGAAAAGGAAAAGAGCCUUGUUAAUUUUUAUGGUUUGUGAUCGUAGCUGUGAUAAGGGACUAAGGAAUAAAUUGUGCUCUUUGUCAUGGCAACCAGCGCCUGAAAAGCCAACUGAAAAUUGCCUAUCCUUCGGUGGCUACUGCUGCUGAGUAAGAUUCCCUUGACAGUACUAUUUUCUCAUCACUAAAGAAGAAAGAAGGAAGGGAGGGCGGGGGAGGAAGAAGAGAGAGAGAGAGAGAGAGAGAGAGAGAAACGCAGUAUUUCUAGUUAUGAGGGCUGUGUUUGUAAGAGAAAUAAACGUAAUAAAUAUCUCAUGGAGACAUAUGGAAAAGUAACUCAGAUUCAACCCAGCUCUGUUUCAGAAUGUGUUUAUCCUUCUCUACUUGAUUUCCAAAGUGCAACAUUUUCCAAUGCUUUAGAAAUCAAACAAACCAGGGACAUUGUUGAGAUGUCAAGCCGUGCCCAAUUUUCCACAAGAUUCAAGAAUCUUGUAUAAAAUUCAGCCAACGUACACAUAGUUUUAAUGAGGAGCCUGUCAUGUUUCCUCAUAAAUUUAUUGCCUGAGAACUUAGUUCAGCCUUUUGCUAAUGCCAAAUGCCCUGGCUUUUUAUUUUCUUUACAGCAUAGAUAGAAAAAUGCACAUUUUUCCACACUCAACUUUCCCCUAGCAUGGACAAGAGUUUCAGUCAUCUUUGACACAUAUACAUUUUUAAGGAAAAUGUUUUCCUUUCUAACAAAGUUAUGGUUAUACCAUUUUUAAAGUUGGCUCGUAAGGAAAUUAGACUUCCCCACCCGAUUUUAUUUUGAGAGUAAUGGGUAGUUUCCCCUCAUUCCUAUCUUGCAUUCCCACCAUCAGAUCUUAGUGUUAGAAACGACUGUAUAUAUGUGGAAAGUCGGUUUGGCCAAAGCUAUUAGAUUACUGUGUAUUCGCUGGCGUGGUGUGGUGGGUUGAUAUAUUCAUGUGUGUUUCUCCAUAGCACUUUGCCCUGUUGGAAAAGAGUAAGCUUCCUGAAGACCCCUUCUGACUCGGCACUUUGUGCUCCUCCCAGACGUUUCUUACGUGCUGGAGGCACUGCUUGACUCGUUUCUUCAUUAGAUUAUUUGACAUGUAUUAUUUAAAUAUCAGUGAUACUUUGUGCAAUUAUGAAUGUUGAAGAUUAAAGAACAUAGUUACUAAUUUGCUGUUUGCUAUUAAUGCGCUGAAACCUGCCAACUUCUCUCUUCCUGUCUUGUCAGAAUGAUUUGGGGAGCCCCAGGAGACUGGAGUGAUUUGAAAGAGUACUCUUUUUGCUGCAUUUCCCAGAAAGGCAUAUACUCUUUGCAUAAAUGAACCAGGAAAGCAUUCCAGUUAGAGCAGGAGACCAUAGCUUUCUAGUCAGAAGGCUAGGAACUCAACAGGGACAAAUGACUCCCUUGGACAGACUCUGUCAUGGCUUUCUCGUCAUUAUGUUGGAGACAGACUUGUUACUCUUGCCUGGAGGUUCGUAUUCCCUGAGAGAUGGGUGCUUUAUGAUGUAGGACGUACUUUGCUCCACCCAGCAACUGAUUGGUAAUAUGUUUAGUUCCUCAAAAGCUUUUGUAUUUAAGAAAGAGAAGAGGCAAGGGAGGAAGGAAACCAGGAAAUAAAGAGGGGGCGGGGAGAGGAGAGAGAGAGAGAGAGAGAGAGAGAGAGAGAGAGAGAGAGUACAGAAUUCAUUUGAAAAAUGAGAGCAUCCUGAGCUGUAAUGUCAGGCUCAGUCUGUUGAAAACUGUGGAAUGAGUAAAUAGCCUAAAAGUAAUUUUCAUUUUUUUCUCUGUAGUGGAAGGCCAGGGCCAACAGUCUUAUUGGACCUGGUAUAAACAGGAAUUAGAAUAAAUAAUGUUCAUUAGUUGCUCAGGGAUUUUUUUUUUCCUGUGGUGCUAUUUAGAUUAUACAGAAAUUCUUAAGACUUUAAGCUACUCACCAAGCAAACAUAACAAAACAAAAACCUCCUCUUCUCUUAAUUCCCUGGUGGAAUAUAAGUUAUCAGAGUUCUGGGCUGGAAGAAUUAUGUCGGUGAUUUUUCUGUGUUGGUUUUAGUUUCUGCCAGGUUGUUUAUUGGUUAUAGAGUCUGUCUUUUCUGUUGUCUGACAUGUUUAGGAGGGAUAACUAAUUUUAGUCUACCUGGACAUAAAUUCAUGACUACCUUCUUGCUCAACCCUGAAGAUAGUCAUUAAGAACAUUUUCCUCAUGAGUUCCAAAAUAUUCAUGGUGUCUUUAAAGUGAAUUUAUGUUCUUCACAAUUCUUUCACAGAUCCAAGUCCCGUAAUAUUUC